AUGUCAUUCAAUUUUGGUAUAAGUAAUAUAUCAAGAGGCAAUAAUUCAUAUAAAGAUAAACCAACAUCAUCAUCAUUACCUUUAUACUAUAAUUCUAAAAAUUCAAAUCCAUUUGCACCAAAACAUAAUCGAAAUAAGAAAAUUUUAAUGUUAUUUAAAGGGUUCUUAUAUUCAAUAUUAUUAUAUAUAGUGUACAUUUUUAUAUCUAAUGCAAUAGAUGGAGGUGUUAGUAAUAAAACCAAUUGGCAAAGAGCUCAACUUGAAGUUAAACAAGCAAUGGCAGAAAGUUGGCAUGACUAUGAAAAAUAUGCUUGGGGAAAAGAUGUUUAUCAUCCGAUUUCUAAAGUAGGUGAAAAUAUGGGUCCAAAACCUUUGGGGUGGAUGAUUGUUGAUUCAAUCGAUACAUUAAUGAUUAUGAAUUUAGACGAAGAAGUAUCUAGAGCAAAAGAUUGGAUUAAAAAUGAUUUAGAUUACAAUUUUAAUUAUGAAGUUAAUACAUUUGAAACUACCAUACGUAUGUUGGGUGGUUUAUUAUCGGCUUAUCAUUUAAGUAAAGAUGAUUUAUAUCUCGAUAAAGCUGUUUCAUUAGCCAAUAGUUUACAUGGUGCAUUUGAUUCAAAGACUGGUAUACCAUAUUCAAGUGUAAAUCUAGCAACUGGUAAAGGUAUUCCUAAUCAUGUUGAUAACGGUGCUUCAUCAACAGCUGAAGUAGCUACAUUGCAAUUGGAAUUUAAAUAUUUAAGUAAAUUGACUGGUGAAUUAGAUUGGUGGAGAUUAAGUGAAAAGAUUAUGGAAGUUUUAGACUCAAAUAAACCCCAAGAUGGAUUAGUACCAAUCUAUGUUAAUCCCGAUACUGGUAUAUAUCAAGGUAAUUUAAUUAGAUUAGGUUCUAGAGGUGAUUCUUACUAUGAAUAUUUGUUGAAACAAUAUUUACAAACCAAUGAACAAGAAUCAAUAUAUUGGCAAAUGUAUAAAGAAUCCGUAAAUGGUGUAAAGAAACAUUUACUUGGUAAAUCGGAGCCAAAUAAAUUAACUUUUGUUGGAGAAUUAAAUCAAGGUAUUAAAGGUGAACUUUCAAAUAAAAUGGAUCAUUUGGUUUGUUUCUAUGGUGGUUUAUUAGCAUUAGGUGCAACAAAAGGUUUACCCUUGAAAGAAGCAAGAAAUUCGCCAAAUUGGAAUAAAAAUAACGAAGAUGAUUUCGAACUAGGUGAGAGUUUAACUUAUACCUGUUAUAAAAUGUAUAACGAAGUAGAAAAGACAGGACUUAGUCCUGAAAUCGUACAUUUCAACACCGAAACUGGAGAAUCAAACAAAGAUUUUAUAAUAAAGCCUUUAGAUCGCCAUAAUUUACAAAGACCAGAAACAGUUGAAUCUUUAUUUUACUUGUAUAGACUAACAGGAGAAGAAAAAUAUAGAAAAUGGGGUUAUGAAAUUUUCAAAAAUUUUAUUAAGUAUACUAAAGUUGUUAAUAAAGAUGGAGAUGUAAGUUAUUCAAGUUUAAAAGAUGUUACAAGUUUGAAUCAAGAUGGAACACCUAAAUUUAAGGACAGUGUUGAGUCAUUCUGGUGGGCUGAAACUUUGAAAUACUUGUAUUUAUUAUUUGAUGAUUCAGAUAAAAUAAGUUUACGUGAAUAUGUAUUCAAUACCGAAGCACAUCCGCUUCCAAUAUUUGAAAUGGGUGAUUAUUUUAAAACUGGAUGGAAGAGACAACCCACUUUACCUAGUAAUGAAGAGCCAAAAAUGAGACAAAAGGAUGAAAAAAUUGAUCGAAAUAAAAACAUUCCGAAUGCCCAACCUGUUGAUAAAUCAAUUGAAGAAGAAGCUAAAGAUAUAUUAAAAAAUUUACCAAAGAAUCUGAAAAACGAUGAAGAUAUAAAAUUGGAGCAAAAGGAAAAAUUAAAUAAAAUAUUGAAGGAUAUUGAAAACGAAUAA